AUGAUUCAGGAUCAUCCUCUCCUUAGUUGGAUAGAUUAUCGGGAAUUAUUCCUUCUGGAGAUGCUUCACCACAAUGGAAGAGGCGAUGACAUCUCCUUGACCUUCUGCAACACCUGUGGGAUCAUGGUUGGCUCAUACCAUUACAAGGAUUGUUUCAUGUCCACAUUAUCAUGUCAGAUGUGCGUUGUUGGCGCUCACACAUAUUCACCAGCACAUCGUGUAGAGAAGUGGAACAGUGAAUGCUUCCAAAAUGUGACUCUCAAGGAUCUAGGGCUUCACGUGCAACUUGGGCACAAAGUUGGUGAAUCUUGCCUACUUCCCAGCCAAGCCUUCAAUGACAAUUUCAUCCUUAUUGACACUCUAGGCAUACACCCUAUGGCCGUGGACUUUUGUGGGUGCGAUAGAGCACAAUCUCACACUGAACAACUCUUACGUGUUGGUUGGUUCCCUGCAAUGACCAGUGACCUGAGAACUGCAGCAACAUUUUGUGUACUGUGGCAGUUCCAUGUCUUGUCAUUUGAGUCGAAGAUUUCGGCCUAUGAGUUCUAUCAUUCUUUGGUUCGUAUGAUGGACAAUACUGGCCUUUUGAAGCACAGGGAUCAUUACAAGGUCAUCAUUGCCACACAGCAGGGUGAAUGUGCGGUUUUAUGCCUGGUGUGCCCUCAACCAGGGAAGAAUCUGCCAGAUGAUUGGGAGCUUGCUCCAAAAGGAAAAAGAUGGUUAUACGGCCUCUUUCUUGCCAUUGACGCGAACUUUUGCCUGAAGAGGCAGAUCAUAUCUAAGGACACUGUAGAUCCAAGCUUGUCCCAUGGGUGGGGAGAUGUAACACAGAAAAGUACGUGUGUGAGUCAUAAUGCCGUGAAUAUGGCAGAAUCAAAGUCAUCAAAUUGGCAUAACAUGAAGCUUCUGAAUGGUGUCGGGGACUUGCAGAAAGGCGAGAGAUAUAUUAACAUGGAUUUUCUGUUCUUUUCAACCUUGCGCCACCGCUCUCUCAAAGUUCUCAAUAUGAUGUUUUCUUUCAAUUGGUCUUGUUGGGUUGGUUGCACUGAUGGCGAGGCUCCAGAGCAAGGAUGGUUGAACAUCAACCCGGUAGCUUCUAGUACCAAAGAGAUGGGUCCAGGCUGUCGAUGGGACACACUGGAUGACCAUUUUGGAGACUGGAAUUGGAAGAAGGUCGUCAAUUUAGGGGCGAACUUACUAUGCAAGACAAAGGAAGCAAUGCUGGAGAAGGUGGCCUUCCAUGCGACUUUCAAAGAACUGGAUGCUGCUAUUACUGAAGAACACCACAUAGCCUGGAAGGCAGAGGUAGAAAGGUGGGAGGAGAACCCCAAUGACCCAAGUGUGUCAAAUCCGUUUGAAGCUAAAUCUGUUGCCAUCACACAGGCUGGUGCACACCUGAAACUAGUGCAACUGGAGGCAAAGGAGCUGGAACAAGGGGCAGAUGUAUCGCUGCACCCGGAGGUUUCGCCGAGUAUCCUCAUAGGAUUAGGUCUGGAUCUAGAAGAAGAACAGUUCAUGAAGGGUCUGGGUAACCACAUCAUGGAUACCCAGAAAGGAAACCUGCUACAUCAGAGAAAUGGUUUAAAUUUGCUAUAUAUGCCUGUUGCACAUGACGCACUAGAAGAGCUCCGGCAAUGUCUGCACAUCUGCUCGUCACUCUUGACAUACAAGAAGGACUGGGUGCACAGGCAGGGUGCAAAUACGGGGGCUCAGAAUGCCUUAGAACAUGUUACUGGAAGACAGGCAGCUUGUACAGCAAGGUACCAUGCUUCAUGGGAGGCGCUGAAUACCCUGGCACGAGAACUUGGGAAGGUAGGGUGGGAACAAGGACUGUGGCUGCUGGAGCCUGACGACAUACAACCACUGAUUGAUCCAGACAUUUUGCCUGGGCAGGGGAGACAAAAAUUGACGUGGAUCUGGAGGAUGCAUGGUGUGGAUAGUAGCGGGGAUGGUACAGAUGAAGAUGGUGUGAGGGUAGAGUGGUGCAAGGCGCGAGCUCACACGAUGUGCUGGGCCAAGGAGGUUGAACUACUCCAUGAGGAAAUGUGUCGUGUCCUUCAGUUUUUUCGGUGGCAGGCCACGUGGUGGGAUGAGCAGGGGUAUCAGUGUGUGGAGGAGGAUACAGGGUGUCUUGAGGGUAUACGGGCUUAUGCUGCCAAGCAGGCAAAAAUUCACCGAGCAUUCAUUGACCAUUUUCAGAUUUUGUGGUCUCUCUUUCUGUUGAGCUCUCCUGAUGCCAUAGCCUUGUCGAACAUCAUUCUUUCUGGUGCAGACCAUCCUGCUGACCUCCCCGAUCUCUCAGCGCCGCGCCCACCUGAGAUCUAG